AUGGCCGCAGUCCCAGAGAAAGUGAGGCAAUGUGAGAGCAUUAUCGGCUACGAGUUCGCGGAGAAACGCCAUGGGAUCGACGCGCUCUUCGCCUACUCUGGCUCUUGCCGAUACAUGGGUUCUAUCUUGGCGAUCAAAAAGAACGACACGCUAGGAAUCUUCGGCGACAUAGUCAUCCAAGACCACCUAUGCCGGCAAUGGCUUGCCAUAGGCCUUUCCAAGGGCAUGCGGCAAUGGACCCAAAUCCGUCAGCAGGCGGCGAGCAAUUCUAACCUGGCCUCCAUUGGCAAGGCUAGAGGACUCGACGCGUGCGUCGUCCUCAAUCCAGGAACGGCAGAGGUGACCGAUAGUGUCAUGGCUACCACUGUGGAAGCCAUCAUCGGGGCAGUGAGCUUGGACGGCGGCAGGGCGGCGGCCGAAAAGGUCAUGGAUCGACUCAAUGUGACGCAUGAAUUGCUUACACCGGUAAAGUCGAAAACUCUCUUACCAUCCUGGCCUUGA